GCGUGACGUAACUUCCUUUCUAUCCGUGCUAACCUCGAAGUGUACACGCGUUCACCGUCUAGCUCAAGAUGCGUUACGUUGCUGCUUACCUUCUCUCUGCCCUGAGUGGCAAUGGCAGCCCUGCAGCCAAGGAUAUCAAGAACAUCCUAGAAAGUGUUGGCAUUGAGGCCGAUGACGCCCGCCUGGACAAGGUCAUUUCUGAGCUCAAGGGCAAGAAUGUGGAGGAGGUGAUCGCCACAGGUUACGGUAAACUGGCCAGCGUGCCAGCAGGUGGUGCUGUAGCCGUUGCCACCUCUGCGGCUGCUGGCUCAGGUGGAGCUGCUGCCCCUGCAGCUGCUGAGGAGGAGAAGAAGGAAGAGAAGGAGGAGUCUGAGGGGUCCGAUGACGACAUGGGAUUCGGCCUGUUCGACUAAACUUUUUCAAAAAAUAAUAAAAUUUAUUAAAAAAACA